CUUUGUUUUUAUGUAUCAGGUGCAACUCAGUUCGCUGAAGUGAAGGUGUUCAUGAGGCCGUUAGUACUAGACACCCGUCUGGUUUUGAACAAUACGAGGACUCUUCUCUGUGCAGUCGCUUUGGUUAGGUUUUUAAGCGUACAUCCUGCUGUUACAGAGUGCGUUGCACUAGCUGGCGCGCUAAGUAGCCUCUAGCUUGUUUUGGCUGCUGUCUUUUAUACGAAAGUAACAUUAGCUAACAGCUCUGCCGCGGAGUGACAGCUAGCCGAAGAAGUAAAGUGAAGACAGCUUUGCGUGAUGUAUGUAUCAGGCAGACAAACGCGAUGAAGCCCGAGCGCCGCUGUGCUGUCAUGGCUGAGGAUGGAGCUCUGAGUCCAGUAGGAGGACGCGCCGGGUCAUCGGGCCGCCUGCGCCGACAGUCCUACAGAAGUUCAGAGCAUUUCUGCAGCCUGCUGGACGGCCUACUGUCUCUCAGACACAGUGGCACCUUGUUUGAUGUUGUGCUGGUUGUGGAAGGUCGCCCAAUACAAGCCCACCGUAUAAUACUGGCAGCCUCCUGUGAUUAUUUCAGGGGGAUGUUUGCAGGAGGCCUCCGGGAAACACAGCAAAAGGAGAUUGCAAUUCAUGGAGUGUCCUACAUGGCCAUGAAGAAAAUACUUGACUACAUCUACACGUCAGAGAUUGACUUAGACCCAGAGUGUGUGCAGGAAGUCCUGAUAGCUGCCACACUUGUACAACUUGAGAAUGUCAUAGGCUUCUGCUGUGAUUUCCUUUUCUCUUGGAUGGACGAGACCAACAUUUUAGAGCUGUAUCACCUGGCCGAUCUCUACGCACUACAACAGCUAAAGGCCAAGGUGCACUCCUUCAUGCUUAGCAACAUUCAGACGUUGUCCCGAACAGAUGUGUACCGACAGCUGCCCCAGGAUGAAGUGUUCAGGGCGCUGAGCAGCGACGAGCUCCAGGUGAACAGCGAGAAUGAGGUGUACGAGGCAGCGCUUCACUAUCAUUACAGUCCCGAGCAGGUGGAAACUGACCAGGUGUACUUGCAGGUCAGUCCAAAGGACAAUCUCAAGAUGCUCGACGCAGUGCGGUUUUGCCUGAUUGAGAAGCACAUGCUGCAGAGAUUGCACAACAGACUGAAGCAGUGUCCACUGAAGGAUUCUGUUUCAGCUGCACUGCGCUACCACGAGCAGGAGCUCCUGCAGCCUGUCCUCCAGACUCCUCUCACCCAGCCGCGGUCCACUUUCCACUGCAUACUGGGCUUCGGGGGAAUGUUUAGUUCCAGCUCCCUCGCAUACACCGAUCACCUGUUUCAGGUGUUUCACCCAAGCUGGGGGGAGUGGAAGAGUCUCACUGCAGCUCACACUCCCCGGAUGUCCAACCAGGGCGUCGCCGUGCUCAACAACUUUGUUUAUCUUAUUGGCGGGGACAUGAACACCAGUGGAUUUCAUGCAGAGACCCGCUGCUGGAGAUACGACCCCCGUCACAACAAGUGGCACACCAUCCAGCCUCUGCAGCAGCAGCAUGCCGACCACUGUGUUUGUGUUGUGGGCGGCCAUAUUUAUGCCAUCGGAGGACGAGACUACAACCACGAGCUGGAGUCGGUGGAGCGUUAUGACCCACACAAAGACACAUGGGAGUUUGUGUCUCCUCUAAAGAGAGAGGUGUAUGCCCAUGCUGGAGCAGUGGUGGAUGGAAAAAUUUAUAUAACGUGUGGGCGCCGAGGCGUGGCGUACCUCAGAGAGACUUGCUGUUUUGACCCAGCAGCCAAUCGCUGGACAGGGUGCGCAGAGGGCCCGGUGGAGCGGGCGUGGCACGGCAUGGCAGCCGUUAACGGCCGCAUGUACGUUAUUGGAGGAAGUAAUGACGAGCGCGGAUACAGGAGGGAUGUCCUGAAGGUAGCGUGCUUUAACCCCACAGCCAACUCCUGGUCUUUAAUGUCCCCCCUCCCUGCGGGCCACGGAGAACCCGGCAUAGCUGUGCUGGACAGUCACAUCUACAUCGUGGGAGGGCGUACGCACGACAAAGGCAACAGGAUGAAAUACGUUCACGUGUACAACGCCGACAAAGACGAGUGGAAAAACGGCACGGAGUUUAAGGCGCACGUCUCCGGCCUGGCAGCCUGUGUGGCGCUCAUGACCCCCGCUGUGAUCGCCCAGGCCAGAAGCUGGGAGCAACGCACCAAGGCUUCAUGGGAAGAAGUGGACAUGGACAGCUCAGAUGACUCAAGUGUGGACUGAAGCUGCCGUGUUAAUCGGAUUCCAUCAUCAUCAAGGACCUCCUUGCGAUCUCUUUCUUUCUUUUUUUUAUUUAACUCUGCAUGUUGAGUUUCGGAUGUAUUUAGUUUUUUUGGGGGGUCACAUGCAUGUUGACAACUCGGAGUGCCUCUGAACCAAAGGUGUCAUUCAGGACCUUUUUCUUAUUUCUCUGAUCUGACCUUAGGUACUCUUGCCCAGUCCGGGAAUCUCUUCUCUGAACAAAUGUUCACGCUGCUGUUUGUUACUGAUCGCUCGUCCGUAUUUCCUUAAAACCACCGGUGUUUCUGCGACGCUUAUCACAGAGAGCAAAGAACGUUUUCGAGAUUAGUAGCUAUGCAAUAACAUGGUACUUUGGAGUAAAGACACAUAUGUGGGCUUUUCCUUUAAGACUGUGGGGCCCCGAGUUAUUACUGUGGGAGCAGUAUUACUGUGUGGCUAAAUAAACAUAAAAGCGACAUGUUGCUCACUGCUAGCAAGGACAAGUCUGUGGCGAGACUGACUGCCGGAGAAACUCAAAACCCGACGAUGAAUCUCCACCGAAAUCCACAACUACCAAAACAAGAGAGCAAAAACUAUGACCAGGCAUAUCCCAGACCAGAGUGCGCUCUGGUGUGACAACUUGAAGCUGAACGGGUCACAAAGCCACUUGGAGAUUGGAGAAGUGACUUCUUCCUUAUUUCUAUUUUCUGCAAUGUCACACACUGAAGUUGUAUUCUGUAGUAAUAACAGUUCCUGUUUCUAAAAAAAACAACAACUAUAAAGGCAGUUUUGCAAAAAACAAAAAAAAACCCAAGCACGUAUUUUAUCUGUGAAAAGAAUGGCGGGGGUCACACAGUUAAGCUCUCAUUAUUCCUCAGCUGGUUCUCUGCAUUGUCAGUUCACAACAAUAAACAUACAAGAAGUGGGUUUUUGUCUCCAUCCCCCAGACAGCUGCUCAGUGGAGCUAUCAUCUCUCCAAACCUCUGAAUGAUCGUUACGUUGUGCAAACGUCGUGCCUUGUUUUCUUGCUUUCAUUCACUCUUAGCCUGAGUUUAUAUGUGAUCGUAUGUCUGAACAGAGACGAGCCUUAGCUAUCGUGCCUCUGAUAUCAUCAUAUAAAUAAUGAAUAAUUCCAAAUAAUAAUUAUUUAAUUUAUUUAUGGCUGUAGCUGGAUAGAGGAAGGGGUCUACAGAUUGAAGUUGCCAUUUAUUUGUAAAUGAAAUGUGAAAAUUAACCAUUACUUUAUUUUUGUGCAUGUGUGUCCUUUUACUGAUCCGCUCAUCACUUGAGCUUAAUCUGAAUCCUCAUGAUGGUUUAUUUCAGAAUAUUUGUCUUCACCGAAUCGCUUUGCACUGUGUGUGUGUAUGAGAGAGUGUGAGUGUGUGUUGCCUUGCAAACCCUGUUUCACACUGGACUCAACCACUGUUAAUGCUUCAUUUGAACCCACGUAAUUGUAAAUGUACCCGUCUUUUCCACGUGAUUUGUUGGAAACACUGUCAAACAUAUGCAAACAAGAUAACUUUUUAAAUUUGAUUAAAAAAUAUAUAUGUCCUGCUUUUGUCACGUCUGAAUGUUGUAUAGGGAAAAGUAUUACAUGGGUUUAACAAUGGACUGGAUUUUGUGCCAGCAUUGAGCUUGAAGCACCAGUUAAAUCGUCUUGGGGAACAAACAUCUACAGAAUUGAAACUGACUUCUAAGAAAUAUUAGUUUUUGGGGGUUUUUUUCCUCAAGAAAAGAAGUAAUUGCUGAGAAAGUUACAGGAAAUUGUCAGGCGUGUAACUAAGAAGCAGAUGUUUUGGCUUCGACAACUCUCUGACUUGAGUUCGUCUUUUUUUGUUUGUUUAAUUUAAAGCCCGUUUCAUAAAUCUAACGUCAGCUCCCAGCAGUUGAUUGUGCUCCUUGUUUGAACUGCUGCCUCCUGCCUUUUAUUCCUCCCAGUCUCUACCAGUUCCUCUCCAUUUGGCUCUGAACUCCAUCAGCUUUAUGAAGGCUGACUGCUACUUUCCUCUCUGAGGCUGUUUCAUCUACAUCUGUUACCCCCCACCAGCACUAAGUGUGUGUGCUCCCUCCCACACACCCCUCUCUUUCACACUAUUGUGCCAGCCCCCAGCAAGUAGUCUGGCAGGAUCUGCUGACAUCAGCGCUGAACAUCCAGGAUCUGUGUUUGUGUUUACGCAUCAAAUCUCUGUGUUCUAAAGCUAUACUACCACCUCGGGGCCACUUAAAACGUACAGUCGCGCUCUUAACCGCAUCAGCGGCCGUUACAGACAUCUGAGUGCGGGUCGAUCUGGUGCUCUUUGCUGGACCAUUAUCAGAGCAAUUAAAAGGCCCACAUUAGUCAGUGAUGUAGAGUUAUGCAGAUUAAACCCAGUGGAGUUGAGGAUGUGUGAGCCGAGGGGAUUUUGCUAAGUGCCCACUUGUAUCCUCUACUUUCUCCUGCUCUGCAGGAGAGGAGGAAGUCAAUUGAAAUCAAUAGAGAACAAAGAAAGUCACCUGUAGACGAAGAUCUGGCCUGCAAAACAUUGUCUUUCAUUGUGUCGCAGACGAUUUCCCUUCUAGAUGUCUACACUGGAGACCGGUCACACUACACAGAGUGACCCAGAGACAUAGGGGGGCUUUGUCUUUAUAUCAUGGAGCAUAAAACAAUGAGUUUAUCAUUUAUGUUUGCACCAGUAUCUAAGUAACCCCUGUUUUUGCUUGAUGUGCAAAGUCCUGCAAAAAGUUGUAUUAUGUAUUUUGUAUCACAAAGUUUUUUCAUGCAGUUGCUGAACAUUUGGCCUGCUUUGCACUUUCCUCAUGAACUGUUCCCAGGUGUAAUUUGUAUUUUUUC